AAUUUCAACAUAAUUAAUACCUGCUAACAUAUUCAUUAUGCAUGAAUCAUGAUAAGCUCAAUAAUGUAUUCAGUUUACAAGUCAUAAGUAACUACUAGUUUGAAUUUUUGAUUAGAUACUUCAAAAUUUUAUUAAAAUAAUGUUCUCUACUCGUUUAAAAUUAUUUUCAAGGUUUAUAAUUUGUAAACGUUUUCAAUCUUCUGUGAUGGAUGAUGUUGUUUUUGAAGAAAUAAAUAAUGUUGGAAUUAUUACUUUGAAUAGACAAAAAGCAUUAAAUUCUCUAAAUGAAUCAAUGGUUAAAAAAAUUAUUCCUAAACUAAAAGAUUAUGAGAGCAGGGCUAGAAUGGUUAUUAUUCAUGGUGCUGGUGAAAAAUCAUUUUGCGCAGGAGGGGAUGUUAAGUAUAUAACUGAAAGUGGACCAAAUGGUGAUUCUUUAGAACGUGGAACAAAAUUUUUCAAACAAGAAUAUUCUAUGAAUAGUAUAAUUGGUAAUUAUAAAAUACCUUAUAUAUCACUUAUUGAUGGAAUAACAAUGGGUGGUGGUGUUGGCAUAUCAGUUCAUGGAAAAUAUAGAAUUGCUACCGAAAAAACACUAUUUGCAAUGCCUGAAACAGCAAUAGGUCUAUUUUGUGAUGUUGGAGCAAGUUAUGUUUUGUCUAGAAUGGAAAAACAUUUAGGAGUAAUGUUAGGCUUAACGGGUUACCGCUUAAAAGGUACAGAUGUUGUUAAAGCAGGUAUUGCAACUCAUUACAUUAAUAGUUCAAAAUUAAAUAACUUGAAAAUAAAGCUAAUUGAAGAUACAAGAAAUCCAGAGUUAGUACUGAAAGAAAACACAGAUUGUUUAAAUAAUGUUCAAUUUAGUCUUCAACCAUUUUUAGAAAAAAUAGAUUUAAUAUUUUCUAAUGAAAAUGUAGAAGUUAUUUUUGAUUCUUUGGAAAAAGAUCAGUCUGAAUGGUCACAAAAAACACUAAAAACUCUUAAAGAAGUAAGCCCACUGUCUCUAAAAAUAACUAGAAAAGAAAUAUUAAAUGGAAAAAAUUUAGACUUGAAUGAUUGUUUAAAAAUGGAAUAUCGUUUAGCAUAUAGGUGUGUAGAAGCAAAGUACUCUACAGAUUUCUAUGAAGGUGUUCGAGCAUUACUAAUUGAUAAAGACAAGAAUCCAAAAUGGACACACAGAUCUAUAAAAGAUGUUAAAGAUGAAACAGUUGAAAAAUACUUUGAACCUCUACCAAAAGAUAUUGAACUUCAAUUAGUGUAAUUCAUUUAUAGAUUUUUUGUCAAUUAAAUAUAUAUUUUUUAAA